UCAUGCCCAAAUAAUUAUAAGCAUAUUCCUAUCUGGACUUCCACUUUGAGAGACAAAAAAGGGUGGAGAGAGAGAGAGAGAGAGAGAGAGAGAGAGAAGCACAGAAGAUUUAAUUUGGGGCAAUAUUACAACAUGGAUUAUAUUCCUUCCAUGUUCCAAUAUGACCAAGCCACAGAUCAAGAGCUUCUCCAACUUAUCUCCACUUUUCACUGCAAAUUAUAUCAAAAUGAUCAUCAAUACCAUCUUCACCAUGAAAUCCAUGAAGAUGAUCAUGAUCAAGUUUACCCGCCGGCGGCUUCUCAGGACGGCCAUGACCUAAUUUCCCUCAAGCGCCGUAGACAAUCCAUUGUCCCCUUCUGCGAAAAAGAUAAUCACCGUCAUGAUGAUCAUCACCAAAACCCUAAUGGUGACAAGAAGAAGAAGAAGGUCGUACAUAGAGAGACUGAAAAGCAAAGAAGACGAGAAAUGGCUGCCCUUUAUGAUUCCCUACGGUCUCUAAUCCCUCUUGAAUAUCUCAAGGGAAAGAGGUCUAUAUCCGAUCAAAUACAUGAAGCAGCAAAUCACAUAAAAGACUUGGGAAAAAAGAUCGAAAAGUUGAGUGAAAAAAGAGAUGAGUUAAGAAAGCUCUCCAAAUAUUUAGUUGUAUCCACUCCCAGCGGAAGUAGUAGCAUUGGUGAUGAUAUUGCCUCUGAUCAUGAUCAAAACUCAGAAACCACAAUUAGUGUUGUACAUUGUAAGGCAGGAGUUGAAGUUGUCGUAAAUACGGCGUUUAAACAAGGGCUUCCACUUGCGACAGUCCUUCAAGUUCUGGUCGCAGAAGGGCUUAACGUCGUCAGCUGCGUCUCCGCUAAAGUCAACGAAAGAUUUCUUCACACCAUUGAAUCCGAGGCUGUGAGUGGCGUGAGAAGCGUGGAUCUUACUGAGUUGGAACAGAAAUUGAAGAACUUGAUAAGAUAUUCUGAAUGUUGAUGAAUCUGAUUGUGUAUAUAUAUGUGUGUAUAUAUCUGGCCGGGUGAUUGUUAAUUUUAGUCCUUAGAAGCUUUCCUUGGUCAUCUAAUAUUAUGGCCUGUCAUGAUUUUAUUUCAUGAUCCAACUUCUUGGUUUUGGAAUUAUUGGUGAUAUAUAGAGUUUGGCGCCUAUCUUGAGAUGUUCAAAUUAGAAAAAGGUUAUCUACUAGUACAUGUUUUGUAUCACGUGAAUAAUUUUGAUCAUGAUGUUUGAAAGAAGAAA